UGACCACAUUCUAGGUUAUCAAAAUAAUCAGGCAAAACCAAAAAAGAAAAGAAAGUACUAGAAGUGUCCAGUACGCCUCUCUUAAAUAUCUAUCUGCCUCUCUCUACACUCUACCCCCAGCUGUCUCUCUCUGUACUCGCAUUUUUGCUCUCUUUCUAGGGUUUACAGUUUCUUUCCCUUUCCCGGAAACUAUGAGUCGUCAUCCUGAAGUGAAGUGGGCCCAGAGGGUAGACAAGGUUUAUAUUACAGUGCUACUUCCUGAUGCAAAAGACGCCAAGGUUGAUCUUGACCCGGAAGGAGUUUUUACCUUUUCUGCUAGUGCCGGUUCUGGAAACCAAGCUUAUGAACUGAAAUUGGAACUCUUUGAUAAGGUCAAUGUGGAGGAAAGCAAAAUUAAUGUUGGAGUGAGGAGUAUAUUCUGUGUCUUAGAGAAGGCAGAGAAUGCUUGGUGGAAGAAGCUAUUGCGUGGAGAUGGAAAGACGCCCCAUAAUGUCAAAGUAGAUUGGGAUAAGUGGGUAGAUGAAGAUGAUGAUAGUGGUGCUGCUGCUGGUGACGCAGAUUUAGGGGGAAUGGAUUUCUCGAAUUUUGGCGGCAUGGGUGGUAUGGGUGGCAUGCCCGGCAUGGGUGGCAUGCCCGGCAUGGAAGGCCUAGGUGGCAUGGCAGGCUUGGAAGGCCUGGGUGGAAUGGGUGGCAUGGGUGGAAUGGGGGGCAUGGGUGGCAUGGGUGGAAUGGGGGGCAUGGGGAUGCCCGAGGAUUUUGAGGACAGUGAUGAUGAAGAGCAAGAAGUGUCAAAGGGAGAUGAGAAACUGGCAGCAGCUGCUAAUACGACAGAAGCUGGUGCUUCAGAUGAGAAAAAGGAAGCUGCACCCAGCACAUGAGUGUUGUUUUGGUUUAAAACUACUAAUGUGGUCAACCAUGGCUGCGUGGUCAGUCGUGAGAUGAUUUUUUCGUUCGUAGUGAGGGGGUGGUGUGUGUCUUCUAACUUUUUUGAGGUUCAAUAUUUGCCAUAUUUGCUGGAUCAUUCGUGUGCAAUGUCUGGCUUAUAGACUUGAAAUAGUGGGGAUGUUGUAUUCUUACGUCGUGGUUUUAUAUUAGUGGAUGCUCUUUAUGAUUUUUGUUA